AUGGCUCCUGGAAUCUCUGCAGAUCUCCCAAUCCACUCGCACCCCGCAUCCAGUGCGGAUGGCCCGACUGACCAACCACGGUAUCCCACUCCACUGAAGCCCAGUGGUGCUUUGGAUGAGUUUGCAUUUGAAGAGACAACUCCAAUCAUUGGCCGCGAGUACCCCACCGUCAACAUUGUCGAUGAUCUCCUGAACGCUCCCAACUCCGAUGAGCUGCUGCGCGACCUUGCCAUCACGAUAUCUCAGCGCGGUGUCGUCUUCUUCCGCGCCCAAACAAACCUCACCGAUGACCUUCAGAAAGAAUUGGUCCACCGACUAGGGCAGCUAACUGGCAAACCCCCCACCUCCACCCUACACAUCCACCCGCUGCUGAACAACACCAACGAGUUCGGCACCGCAGACGCCGAAAUCAGCACAAUCAGCUCUCUCGCGCGCAAGAAGAUGUUCGCCCACGAUCGCCAACCCAACCGCCGUAGCUACGACUCGGCCCAAUGGCACUCCGAUAUCCAGUUCGAGCCGGCACCAGCUGACUACACCUCUCUCCGGCUAACCCAGCUUCCCAAAACCGGUGGAGACACCCUCUGGGCAUCUGGGUACGAGCUCUACGACCGGUUCUCGAAGAAGUACCAAGAAUUCUUCGAAGGAUUGACAGCGACGUUCGUGGGUGAUGGCUUCAUCAAGGCGGCGGAGAGAAAUCCGAAGGAUUACAAGAUAUACACUCAGCCUCGAGGAAGUCCGCUCAAUGUUGGGGAUGAGUUGGUGGCUGUUCAUCCGGUUGUGCGGACGAACCCAGUGACGGGGUGGAAGAGUAUCUUUGCUUUGGGGCCGUUCCCGAAGUAUAUCAAUGAGUUGAACGAGAUUGAGUCGGAGGAGUUGUUGAAGAAGUUCAAAUCGAUUAUCAUUGAGGGUCAUGAUCUGCAGGUCAGAUUCAAAUGGAGGAAUGAGCAUGAUAUUGCCAUCUGGGACAACCGGAGUGCUUUCCACACUGCCACUUUCGAUUAUGAAGGCCUUGCAAGUCGAGGACCGAAGCACUGGCAGCUGAGGGUCUUCUUUGAGGGUGAUCAUUCUGAUGCUUUGUAUGUAAGUGCGUUUGGGUCCGCAAAUCGACUUGGUACCGGUAGAGGCAGUGCCUGGAACAGAACCGUGUACUCCGUGUCACUCUCCUCUGCGGACUGUAUCUCGCUUUUUGAACAUGACCGUGGCGGCACAAUUAUGAAGAAUACUCACAUCACGUCCUUCACUUCGGUAGCAUAUUCUGCGAAUUAA